AUGGCUGCUAGCUUCACCUAUUGGAAUGAUUGUGUUGAUCCUGAGGAUUUAGAGGCAAUGUGGAAUGUACCUGAAGUUAGUGUCGAGUGGUUAAAAGCCGGCGAGGAACGAGGUCAGAAAGUUCACCUCUCUCGUGAUCCUGACGGAGAGCCAUAUUUAACACAGACUGAAAUGAGGGCUGUAGCUGACAUUGUUAUUAACCGGCACUUUCAGUCGGAAAUAAGUCCUGGCAUGAUUUGUGCUAUUGCUGAACUUGAAAGUGACAGGAUCCUACUUCUUAAGAACACUGGCUACAAGUCUAAAGAACCUAAUGUAGGGCUUAUGCAACUUCUACCAAAAACAGCGGAAUGGUUGAUAAGUUCAUUAGGUUAUAGUUCAUAUGCUGCAGAAGAGAAUAUAGAAUACCUAUUCAAGCCUUUCGUAAAUGUAUAUCUUGCUGCUGCCUAUCUUAAAUGGCUGUCAAGCUUCGAUAACAAACAAAGAGAUGAAGAGUUUAUUGUAAGGGCAUAUAAAGGCGGUACAAAGAAGGCAACUCACAAAUCAACUCUGCGUUAUUGGAAAAGCUACCUUGCUGUCAAAGAAAGUUUUCCAUGCAGAAAAUCGGUUGACGAUAGUCCUCCACCAAAUGCUGUCGGGGCUCCUGUUCAUUCUCAUACUGGAUCUCCUAUACAUUCAGAACAAUCAAAAGAUGCAAAUGAUGAUACUUAUUGGGAUUCCAGAACAAAUCCAGAAGACAUGGAUGCUAUGUGGAAACAUCCUGCAGUCCGAAAAGUAUGGCAUAAAUCGAAAGAAACACGUGGAAAGGUGCGUUUUUCUCAAGAUGAAAAAAAGAGACCGUAUCUUUCCCGGGUUGAAAUGAAGGCAGUUGCAGAUAUUGUUCUAAUCAAAUACCUCAACAACCCAAAAACUAAAUCUACAGUACUUUGUGCCAUUGGAGAGAUUGCUAGCAUGCGCUUUGUACAUGGAGUUGGACAGAGGCCUGGAAUAAUGGGGAUCGACUAUUCCACUGCCUUUUGGCUUUACUUGGAAUUGGGCUUCAGAGCUUACAAACUUGAAUCUGUUGAAGAUCUCAGUAAUCCAUUUGUGUCCAUGUACUUUGGUGCUGCCUAUGUGGCAUGGUUAUCAGAAUAUGAAGGAAGGGAAAGAACCCCGGAUUUUUUCGUUCAAGCAUAUUUUGUAGGACCGAAAAAUGUGAACCCUGAUGAUACAAGCACUCUUUGGCUAAAAUAUGAGGAAGUUCUCAGUAAAUAUGAAGAAGAAAGAAAAAAGCGUGGUGAAAGCUGCUCCAUUAUGUAA